GACAUCACACAGCACAGUCCUCUCAGUACACAGCGCGCACGUCCAGCCCACAAAAUGGCGGACUCCAUAAUCUACUGUAUUUCCCGUAAAUAACCCCGCUAGCAGCCGAACUCCUUCCCUGACCCCCAGAGGCAGCAGCUAGGCGUCACACUGCAGUCCGCCCCUCCAGGCACCAGGGCCGCUUCUGCACACCUCCGGGCUCCGCCAUCAUGGCCGCCGCUCGCCUGCGCUAGAGCAGUUUCUGAGGAGACGGCCUGUGUGACCGCAGUCAGACUGGGCAUUCCUCGGACCUUGCGUUUUUUUUGUAACUGUGGUAUCAACAACAUAAGCCCCCAACACUAUGCGGUAGUCUCCGGUUCCGGGAACGGAUAUCGCCAGGGGCGGAACAGGAAGUGCUAGAAUCUAGUGAGAAGAAAGUGGGGCCGGAGCAAACAUGCCAAUUGUGGAGAAACUAAAAGAUGCCCUGAAGCCAGGCCGGAAGUACUCAGACGAUGUAGAACUUGGGAAGUUGCUCACUUCCUCUGCUAAGAAGAUUCUUUUACAAAAAAUAGAGUUCGAACCAGCAAGCAAAAGUUUCUACUACCAGUUGGAGACAUUGAAGAGCAAAUAUAUCCUGUUGAGUCCAACUCUUCAACCUACCACCUCACAAAGGAGCUUGGAAGGGGCCCAUAAGCAGAGCAUUGACUUUGCAUCUAGUAGCUCAGAUGGAAUUCCACAUCCUCAGAAGGUUCUCUUUCCGGUGGAGAAGUUAUCCAUGAAAUGGGAGCGCGUCUCCAGGGUGGGAGCCGGCCUUCAAAAUUUGGGAAACACUUGUUUUCUGAAUUCUACUGUCCAGUGUCUGACAUAUACUCCUCCUUUAGCUAAUUACCUAUUAUCUAAAGAGCAUACCCGUAACUGUCCACAGGGUGGAUUCUGUAUGCUGUGCAUUAUGCAAAACCAUCUGAUUCAAGCCUUUGCCAACAGUGGAAAUUCGAUCAAGCCAGUUUCUUUUAUUCGUGAACUGAAAAAAAUUGCCCGUCAUUUCCGAUUUGGGAGCCAAGAGGAUGCACAUGAGUUCCUGCGGUACACAAUUGAUGCCAUGCAAAAGGCUUGUUUGAACGGAUAUGCCAAGCUGGAUCGCCAAAGUCAAGCGACAACUCUAGUUCAUCAGAUCUUUGGAGGUUAUCUGCGUUCUCGAGUAAAAUGUUCAGUUUGUAAGAGUGUCUCUGACACGUUUGACCCAUAUCUGGACAUUGCGCUGGAGAUAAGGCACUCAGCAAACAUAAUUCGUGCCCUGGAGCUGUUUGUAAGAUCUGAUGUUUUGAGUGGAGAAAAUGCCUAUAUGUGUGCAAAAUGUAAGAAGAAAGUUCCGGCUACAAAGAGAUUCAGCAUUCACAGAGCCUCGAAUGUCCUCACUCUGUCACUAAAAAGAUUUGCAAACUUUAGUGGUGGCAAAAUAACCAAGGAUGUUGGAUACCCCGAAUUUUUAAACAUCCGUCCAUACAUGUCGCAGAAUAAUGGGGACCCUGUCAUGUAUGCACUGUAUGCUGUUCUUGUACAUUCUGGGUACAGUUGUCAUGCUGGGCACUAUUAUUGUUAUGUGAAGGCUAGUAAUGGACAGUGGUAUCAGAUGAACGAUUCUCUUGUUCAUGCCAGUAACAUCAAGGUUGUGCUGAAUCAGCAGGCCUACGUUCUCUUCUACUUGAGGGUUCCUGAGUCCAAGAAGACUUUUGAUGCCUCUGUCUGCAAAGUGUCACAGACUCAAAUGCCUCGCCCCAGCUCUGUCCCUCCUACUUUAAAGAAGACCCAGUCCAAUGGAAGCCUUUCAUCCCCCCUUAUUGGGAAGAAGCCUGAGGGUUUACAUGAGAAAAAGACACAAAAAGUGGAAGACAUUGGUAUCCCUGUCAGUCAUACACACAUUUUUACUGGCAACAAGGAGCAUAAUGGUGUUAUCCGUACACGGCCACUUAGUGCAGGCCCUUCUCCUAAACUCGGCUGUAAAGUAGCAUAUGCCCCUUGUCUUCUAGACGAUCAGUUGAGUAGAAUGAAAAAACCUCUUCAUGCCAAGUUAAAGACUUCUCAUGCCCCAUGCCUCACCAGUGAGGCAGUUAUGCAGGAAGAUUCUAAACCCAACUGGGAUCAUGAAGAUCUGUCUUCAUCUUCUGUUGCUAAAACUGGAAAUAUUGAAACCCAGGAAAGUAAGACAAAGCCAGAAGAAGUAGAAAAUGUAAAACGGCAAGAAAGUCAUAUAAAUGGUCAAUCUUCAACUCAAAGCACCCCCACAGGUGGAACCAUAACUUCACCAUGCUGCUCCCCAACAAUGGAAGCUGAACAAUCUGGGUCAAACACUACUGUAAAAUCUAAGUCACCCACGCUGGCUAGCGUAUGUGAGGCUUUGACUACAAUGUCACCACCACCUGCCAAGAAACUAGCCCUAUCAGCUAAAAAGGGCAGCAUGCCGCAGAAGGGAAGCAGAAAUGACUCCUACUCCCUUCCUCCCCACUCCAUCACUGCUGGCUCCACUCAUCCCAUCACUGUUUCCCCUGGUCCCACCACAGUCAAGCUGCUUCAUACGCAUCGGGAAUCUCUUCAUGCUGCAGACUUUCGUGGGACUUGUAGCAAUACUUCUAAACAGAAAUCUUUCAAAUUUCCUGGAAAGCAUUCACAUUACAGCGGAGAAUCAUCCCAUCGCUCCCCUCCUCGUAGCCACCCUACCAGCCUUUCUUCCGAUAAUACAUCCUCACCAACCAUGGCCCUCCAAGGCACUGUAAGGGACAGUUCUGUUGAAACGCUGGGUACAAGGUCCUCAAAUGAAAAAGACAAAUCUAAGAAGAAAGCCCAUACCUCAAGCUGCAAUGGGGACCUUGGAGUCAGUGAGGGAAGUAAUGUUGUGAAGAAAAACAAGAAGAAAAAAAGAAAAUCUUUUGAAAAGAAAAGGGAGGCAGAAAGUGUUAUAUGUCACUUGGAGACACAGACAAUAACCAGUCACAAAUUAAAGAAAAUGAAAAUAAAACGGAAGAAACGUAGACCUCCACAGGACAGCAAAACUACAGAACCUAGAUCAGAAAUUCCCAAUAAAGGGCAAACUUCACAAGAGACAACAGGCAAAAAGAAGGAGCGUUUGAAGUCUGGCCACCACGUGGAGGAGAAGCCCCUAAUACAGUUAAAUGGUAUCGCUGACGGUUCACCUAAUGCUGAGGAAGUGGAUCAAGUAGCUAGAAAAGCCAAGAAAAGGAAGCUGGGACAGCCGGAACCGGACAGCGUAAAGCUUGUGGAAAAUGAAUCUAGUGGUAAACAGAAGCAGACGGUUCAGGAAAUAAAAUCCGAUUCUGUAUUUGUAUGGGACACCCAUAUCAAAGAGGGGUACAAACGGCCUAAUUCAAUUAAUGGUGCUCCGAAGAAAAUCUGCCCAGUUUGGGAUGGUACAAAGAAUUCAUCUGUAAUCCAAGAACUGCUGAAAAAUUCCAAUAAUAAAGCAUAUGGGACAGAAGUACGAACAUGGAAUGAAGAAAAGUCUGCUGUGAGCCAAGAUUCUCUGAAUCUUGCAAAUGAGGCAAAAUGUAGCAAAGUUAUAGAUGAAUGGGACGAAGACUUUGACAGCGGAAAGGUAAAAAAGAUAAAAUUUCGACGCGACAAAUGGAGAAUCAAAAAUGGUUUUCAGUCUCUGCAGAACCGGCGUAACUUCUGGUCAGUCACUCACUCCCAACAGUUCUCCAGGAUGGCAUACAAGUACUGACGACAAUAUGGAAGAUCAUAAUGAUAUUAUAAUUUUCUGCUUUAUUUUCUACACCAAAUGUCAGUAACCCAAGAUGGAGAAAUAAAAUAGUGACAUUUUGAGAGCUGCGUGAUAGAUCUGUUUUUUAUCGUGCAAAUGUAACACUGUUUGCUCUCCACAAACUUUACACUACACUGGCAAGACCAUAGCAAUGAAAGCUUAGAGGGGUUUUCUGGUGUCUGUUGUUUUUUUGUAUUUUAACAUGCAUAAAACUUCAAUAUAAAUAUCUAAUUAAAAAAACAAAACAGGAUUUCCAAUCUCAGAAGUUCCCCAACACCUUAUGUGGGUCUCAAUCCUGAAAAUCUAAAGGGGCUGCAGUGCUGCUUUAGGUCUCUGGUCUCUUUACAGCUCCAUUUAAAGGGGUACUCCACUGGCCAGCGUUCGGAACGCAGUUUUUGCGCUGCGCAGUACCGGCCCGGCUACCCCCCCCACAAUCGGACAUGUUAUCCCCUAUCCUUAGGAUAGGGGAUAACAUGUCUAGGGGCGCUGUACCCCUUUAAAUCCCAGACUUCUGCCCUUUAUCUGAUUAUAUGGGAGCAGAAACAAACCUGUUCCCUGCUGAUUUCAUUUGAUUAAUCUUAGAUUCUUCCAGGACAGGAUACAAAUCCAUUCGGUAUUGGGUAACCAUGUUGGUCGCAUUUCAAAAUUGUUAACUAAGCUUUUAUUUAUAGGUUAAAGAAUUAUUUUGCAAGACCAUUUUCAUUGUUUAUUGGGCAAUAUAUAUUAUAAUAUUACUUAAUUUUUUUAUUCUGUUUUAAAAUUAGACUUUUUCAAAUAAAUUAUUGUUUUGGCACAUUAACCCCUUAAGGACAUAGGACAUAAAUAUACGUCCUAGUGUCCUGGUACUUAAUGCACCGGGACGUAAAUUUAUGUCCUAUAGGUAAAGCGUGCACAGGAGCUGCGCACGCUUCAUGAACGGGUGGUCCCGGCUGUUAUCAGCAGAUAUUCCCUUAGAUGCUGUGAUCAAUUAUGAUUACAGCAUCUAUGGCAAUUGUAAUGGCUAAUCGAAAACCCUGUGGCAUGACUGCAGAGAUCUGAUCAGCCAUGAUGGCGGACAGAGGUCCUCUUACCUGCCUCUGAUGCUCUCCUGGGGUCUUUUUCUUUGGUUUGCCUUCUAGCAGACCAGAGAAGAUUGCUGAUAAAAAGGUAAAAUGAGUGAUGUAAUUGCAAAGUACAAUUGGUUAAGCAAAAAAUAGCUUAAAAUGGAAUAAUCCACAUUUUUAAGACUUUCAUCUUCCAAGUUUGUUAAAUGCUACAUUUUAACCCCUUAAGGACGCAGGACGUAAAUGUACGUCCUGGUGAGGUGGUACUUAACACACCAGGACGUACAUUUACGUCCUAAGCAUAACCGCGGGCAUCGGAGCGGUGCCCGUGUCAUGCGCGGCUGAUCCCGGCUGCUGACCGCGGGCGUCCGCCAUUAACCCUUCAGGUGCCGGGAUCAAUACAGAUCCCGGCAUCUGCGGCAGUUCGCGAUUUAAAUGAACGAUCGGAUCGCCCGCAGCGCUGCUGCGGGGAUCCGAUCAUUCAUAACGCCGCACGGAGGUCCCCUCUCCUUCCUCCGUGCGGCUCCCGGCGUCUCCUGCUCUGGUCUGUGAUCGAGCAGACCAGAGCAGGAGAUGACCGAUAAUACUGAUCUGUUCUAUGUCCUAUACAUAGAACAGAUCAGUAUUAGCAAUCAUGGUAUUGCUAUGAAUAGUCCCCUAUGGGGACUAUUCAAGUGUAAAAAAAAAUGUAAAAAAAUGUAAAAGUAAAAGUAAAAAAAAAAGUGAAAAAUCCCCUCCCCCAAUAAAAAAGUAAAACGUCCGUUUUUUCCUAUUUUACCCCCAAAAAGCGUAAAAAACAUUUUUUAUAGACAUAUUUGGUAUCGCCGCGUGCGUAAAUGUCCGAAUAAAUAAAAUGUUAAUGAUCCCGUACGGUGAACGGCGUGAACGAAAAAAAAUAAAAAAGUCCAAAAUUCCUACUUUUUUAAUACAUUUUAUUUAAAAAAAAAUUAUCAAAAAUGUAUUAAAAGUUUUUUAUAUGCAAAUGUGGUAUCAAAAAAAAGUACAGAUCAUGGCGCAAAAAAUGAGCCCCCAUACCGCUGCUUAUACGGAAAAAUAAAAAAGUUAGAGGUCAUCAAAAUAAAGGGAUUAUAAACGUACUAAUUUGGUUAAAAAGUUUGUGAUUUUUUUUAAUAAUAUAAAAGUAUAUAAUAAUGGGUAUCAUUUUAAUCGUAUUGACCCUCAGAAUAAAGAACACAUGUCAUUUUUACCAUAAAUUGUACGGCGUGAAAACAAAACCUUCCAAAAUUAGCAAAAUUGCAUUUUUUGUUUUAAUUUCCCCACAAAAAUAGUGUUUUUUGGUUGCGCCAUACAUUUUAUGAUAUAAUGAGUGAUGUCAUUACAAAGGACAACUGGUCGCGCAAAAAACAAGCCCUCAUACUAGUCUGUGGAUGAAAAUAUAAAAGAGUUAUGAUUUUUAGAAGGCGAGGAGGAAAAAAAUGAAAACGUAAAAAUUUAAUUGUCUGAGUCCUUAAGGCCAAAAUGGGCUGAGUCCUUAAGGGGUUAAGGUAUUGACUCAUGGGGGAGAUUUAUCAAAGCCUGUGUAGAAGAAGAGUGGGGCAGUUGCCCAUAGCAACCACUCAGAUUGCUUCUUUAAUUUUUCAGAGGCCUCUUGUACUACUCUUCCCCUACACAGGUUUUGAUAAAUCUUCCACCAUGGAGACUAGCCCUUACGACUAUAUGCCCUAUUGGGAAAUGUAGACGUUAUAGAGGUGUAUCUGGUUCUGUUCUGGUGGACUGGCUCUGACCAAGUAUUGAAUGUACUAUUUAAAGGGAACCAAUCAGCAGAUUUUAGCAUAUA